AUGAUAUGUCUACGCUAUCUCGGUAACCCUGGAUAUCAACAAGGUAUUGGUCAGGAUCUUGGUGUUAGUCAAGCAACGCUAUCUCGGACUGUGGAUAAAGUUGUGAACAGCAUAGUUGCACAGUCGAAGGAAUUGAUCAAGUUUCCAACUACCAACCAUGAACUGAUGAAGACCAAGCGGAUAUGGCAAAGGAUUUAUAAAUUUCCGACAGCAAUUGGUGUAAUUGAUUGUACACAUAUAAGAAUACUGAAACCAAAUCGCCAUGGAGAUGAGUAUAUCAAUCGAAAAGGGAAACCUACUUUAAAUGUGCAAACCACUUGUGAUGCCAGAGAGAUGUUCACAAGUGUUGAUGUCAAGUGUAUGGAACAUCCAAAGUUGGCGACAUGUGAAUCUGUGGAUUUAGUGUUUGGAGAUCAGAACUAUCGGCUGGCCCAGUUGUACAAGGCUAUAUAA